AUGAACAUACCCGGUUACGCACAUUUUAUCCAGAAUGUCACCAACCUAACCGCUCAUCAUGGAAACAGAUUGCCACUGCAGAAUACCAAAUUCAUGGGCUAUAUCUACAUGAUGCUGACCAUCUUCAGUUAUUUCUCCAAUACAUUCCUCCUUUUUGUCUACUACCGCUGCCCGAGCCUGCACACGCCGUUUUCUAUCUACGUGGUCAGUUUAUCCAUCAGCGACCUUUGUAAAUCCCUGACCAAUGGUAUCAUGAAGACCACCAACAACCUGCAAUUACCGUGGUUCCUGGGUGAUCCUUAUUGUUUGCUUUGCAUGUUCAGCGCCCGCACAGUGACCGCCAUUAUGCGCUACAUCCAAGUGCUCAUUAGUUUCAACCGUUUCUGGGCCGUGACCUUUCCCCACAGUUACCGUACCCAUCAUAAUAAAAAAUUCGCGGUCGGCCUCGUCAUUGGCGCCAUCUUAUUUGUCAAUGUAUGGGCACUGCCUGGAUUCAUAACCCAAGACCUGCAUAAUCGCACCGGCACUGAGAGGAAAUUCUGCUUGGUACCGUUUGAAAAGCAGACGUCGGUGUAUUACUAUUUCUACGGCGUGAUCAUUAAUUUAGUGCCGCAAGCUCUGAUAAUUAUGAUGUAUCCGUUUAUUUACUACAAGGUCAAGAAGGUCCUUCGGAAUAAAAAGAAAAUCGGUGCAGCGCCGACGCCUUCGAAUUCCGGAGAACCAUCAUCCAAACCUUCCAAACCAUCGAAAGCGUCCUGUUUGUCCGUGCCGCGUAAAAACGCUCAGCAAACCUACCAAAUGUCACGAGCCGCUCCUUCCAGUGCCGCUAUAAGCGAGUUCGAAAUGGAAGAGCGGCCUAGAUUGCCCACACCACCGGCGUCCAAAGAGCUGGCCAAGAAAGCUCCAGUCCACUCUUUUGGAACGCGGCAUUUUGCGGUGCUGACGGCGCUGCUGAUUAGCGCCACGUUGAUGUGGACACCGGUACAUCUGGCCUACACCCUCAUGAUGUCCGGGACGUUUGUGGAUUUUCGCUAUUUAGGGGUGGCGAAUUUGCUUUUUGCGCUGGAUUGCACUCUGAAUCCGCUGCUGUGUCUGCUGUCGUCUAAAGAAUGGCGGAAUGCCGCUAGAACGCUGUUUCGCCACUAA